AUGGGCAAAACUUUCUUAUAUCGAGCGCUUCUCACUUUUCUUCGUUCACAAGGAUAUGUGGCAAUUGCAGUUGCCACAUCUGGUGUCGCAGCAUCUAUCCUCCCUAGUGGUAGAACUGCACACUCAAGGUUUAAAAUUCCUUUGAGUUUCUCAAAACAAAAAACUUGUCAAUUAAGUAAGCAGAGCAGUGUUGCCUGGCUGAUUGUUAAUGCUAAAUUAAUCUUGUGGGAUGAGACUUCAGUGAUAAAAAGAGAAACAAUAGAGGCGUUUCAUUAUCUUCUUACGGAUAUAAUGGAAUCUGAUGUACCCUUUGGAGGAAAAACUAUUAUUUUUGGUGGUGAUUUUCGCCAAACCCUACCAGUUAUUGAACAGCUAGCUGUGACUGGCAACAAAUAUGAGAGCUGCCUUAGAUCCAGUAUUUUCAACUUUUUGCUUAGAGUAGAAAAAGGUGUUGAAUCUGUUGAUCAACAUGGUCAGAUAUCCCUUCCACCUCAUAUGGUUAUUCCUUAUCAUAACAAAGAAGAAUCGUUUGACAAGUUACUUGGGACCGUCUUUCCUGAUUUAAAUCUGUACUCAUGUGAUCCUUAUCAAAUGAUAAAUAGAUGUGUACUUUGUCCGAAAAUUAGUUCAGUGGAUGAAAUUAAUGGCAUGAUGAUUGCAAAAUUUUCUAGAAAUCUUCACAGAUAUAUAAGUUGUGAUAGAACUGUUAAUAAGAGAUAUCAGGCAGAUUAUGAGGACUUUCUAAAUUCUUUGAACCCAAAAAGUUUGCCUCCUCAUGAACUUUUACUCAAAGAAAACUGUCCUAUAAUGCUUCUGAGAAAUGUGAAUCCAACGGAUGGUCUUUGCAAUAGCACACGAUUAAUCUGUAGAGAAUUGGAUGAACACACAAUUUCUGCUGAAAUUGUCUCUGGUCCUCAUAAAGGGAAAAAGGUCUUCAUUCCAAAAGUUCGUUUGCAAACUUCUGACAGCGAAAAGAAUGGUAUUCCAUUUAUACGGACAUAG